CAGGGAGGACAGCCCAAAGGAAGGACACACACACACAAGAGGUGGGAGUGGAGAGGGAAGGAGACAGACGCCUGAGAGAUUCGGAGAAUUCCAAUCACUGAAAGAUAUGGCGUCCGCUCAAUCAUCAUCCAGUGAAACCCUCCCACUGGACAAGCACCUGACAUGCUCCAUCUGUAUGGAUCUGUUUGUGGAUCCUGUCACCACAGCUUGUGGCCACUCCUUUUGUAAGGGAUGUCUGGACCGCAGCUUCAACUGCAAUGACAGGAUUUGCCCCCUGUGCAAGCAGCAUCAGAGUAAAAUCCCAGAGGUGAACAUCACCCUGAGAAGCAUUGUUGAAGAGAUGAACAAGACCCUGGUAGAAGACGAUGAGAAGUUCACUGGGGCACCUGGCGAAGUGCCCUGUGACAUUUGCGUAGAGCGAAAGCUGAAGGCUAAGAAGUCAUGUCUGGUCUGUCUCGCCUCGUAUUGUUCAACCCACCUGGAGAAUCACUCGUCGACUCAAAGGUUGAAGGGCCACAAGUUGGUGGAACCAGUGGAUAACCUGGAUGAGAGGGCCUGUCUGAAGCAUGGACGACCUUUGGAGCUUUACAGCAGGAAGAAGGAGAGAUGCAUUUGUGUACGCUGUAUGGAGGAAGAUCAGGAGGAAGUUGUUUCUACUGAAGACGAAUGGGGCAAGAAGAAGGCCAAGCUUGAAAAUACAAAGGAAGAGUUACAAGAGAAAAUUGAGAAGAGAAAAGCACGGGUGGAUGAAAUUGAUAGAUUACUGACGAUCUGCAAGGAGCAGUUGGAGAGUGAGUGGUGGGAUAUUGAUGAUGUGUUCACAGCUGUACUUGCCAUUGUAGAGGAGGCUCAUGCGGCAGCUCAAAAGCCACUAAAGGACAGGAGGGAGGCUCUGGAGAAAGAGGCAAAACACAUCAAUACAAAGCUGGAAGCAGAGAUCAACAGGCUUGAGAAAGCCAUCUCUGAGCUGGACGAUAUAUCUGCACUUGAGGAUCACAUCCUUUUCCUUCAGAGUUACCCAUCUCUUCAAGACCUGGACAGCAUUAAAGACUCCACAGACCUGGAGUUUGACACAUCUCUGACAUUUGGCACCAUGAGAAAGACCACAACAGCCAUGAUGGAACGAAUUCAACAGGACCUAGAGAAGCUGACCGCCAUCGAACUUCAAAGAGUUCCAGAGUUUACAGUGGAUGUAAAGUUGGAUCCAACCACAGCGCACCGACACCUCGUUCUUUCUGAUGAUGGGAAGGAAGUGAAAGAUGGAGGAGAGGACCAGGAAGUAGAUGAAACUCCAGAGAGGUUUGAUUUGUUUGCCAGCAUCCUGGGGCUCAACAGGUUGACCUCUGGGAAGUCAUACUGGGAGGUGGACGUCAGCGACAAGACCGGAUGGGACUUGGGUGUGGCAAGAGGCGACGCAAACCGCACAGGGAAGCUUUUGCUGAACACAAAAAAUGGUUACUGGGUCACAGUACAUUAUGAAGGUGAUAAGUACGCAGCCUUAACAGUGCCACCAGUUUGUCUUUCUCUAAAAGACAAACCUAAAAAAGUUGGUGUGUUCGUGGACUACGAGGAAGGUCUCGUGUCCUUCUACGACAUGACGGCUGAAUCUCACAUCUACUCUUUCACUGAGUGUUCGUUCGGUGAUGAGCUCCUCCCGUACUUCAGUCCACAUGUAAAGCAAGAUGAGAAAAACUCUGAUCCUUUGAUUAUUUCUGCUGUGACACAUCGUGAGCAAGACGUGAUAUGCCGUGAAGAAUGUGCGAGUUUGUGUUCAGCUGAAUUAGAUUUACAUUUUAUUCUGUUCCAUGUUCAGGUGAAUAAAUCAGUCAGGGAGCGUCCACCUAUUCCACCCAAGGUGAAGGUGCCUCCGACAUUCCCAGCACCAGCAGUUCGACCAAAGGAACAGCGCAGGGAAGUUCAAACAUUAUCACAGGCAAAUUCAGCGAAUUCUGCAGCAGCUGAGGGCACAGCUAAGAAGGAUCCCAAACCAUUGUGUGAGGCUGCGCAGCCUGGUUUUUACACUGGCAUGAAGGUGAAGGAACUGACCCAGAUGUUUUCAGGGACCACAACCCAGGGAACAGCAGUCCGACCAAAGAAGAAACAAGGGGAGGAACAGAAAGUAUUACAGGAGCUUUCAGAAGCCGUCAAAGCGAAAGUAACAGCAGUCCAACCGAAGGAGAAAGACAAAGAGGAUCCACAGAAUAAAGCAGAUUCAACAAAUGCAAACACCCAAAUGAAUUCUGCUUCUGCAGAAACCACAACUGCAGAGGAUCAUGACACAGAUUUCUCUGGUCUGAAGGUGAAGGAACUGGCCCUGAUGUUUUCAGCUGCCACAACUAAGGAAACUGCAGUCCGACCGAAGAUGAAACACAGAGAGGAACAAAAGCCAUCACAGGUACCGGACAGAACCCGAGCUGACAUAAAGCACAAAAUCCAGAUGAGAGAACAAAAUGUGACUCAAGGCAACUCAUCUGUAAAAGCCCCUGAGUCUUUACAGGGCAGUUUGGAUGCUGAAUGGCUGGAGAUCAACAGUGUGCUCUCAGAGGUGGUGAGAGCUGCAGAGGAUGCUCAGGAGAAGUUCCUUUACCUUUCAUUGUACUCUCUGAGGACGACAACAACAACAAUGAUGGAACAAAUUCACCAGAAAAUGGAAAAAAUCUCCUCUAUUGAGCUGAAAUGGAUUUCCAAGUUUGCAGUGGAUGUAAGGCUGGACCCGAGCACUGCACACAGAUGCUUUGUUUCUGCAGAUGGGAAGAAAGUGAGUGGCACAGAAGUGAAACCGGAUGCUCACGGGAGGUUUGGCGACGUCCUGGGACUCAACAGGUUGUCUUCUGGGAAGUCAUACUGGGAAGUUGUUGUCAGCAGCAGGUCAGGGUGGAAUCUGGGUGUUGUGAGAGGUGACGUAAACCACAAGGGGAAACUCUUGCUAAACCCAGGCAACGGUUACUGGGUGACCGAAUAUCAUGACAACAAGUACGCAGCCCUAACAGCUCCACCAGUUCGUCUUUCCCUGAAAGCGAAACCACAAAAGGUUGGGGUGUUUGUGGAUUACGAGGAAGGUCUCGUGUCCUUCUACGAUGUGCCGGCUCGAUCUCACAUCUACUCGUUUACCGAGUGUCGGUUCACCGGAGAAAUCUACCCCUAUUUCAGUUUGUACCCUAAAGAAAAUGGUGAGAGCGCUGAUCCUCUGAUUAUCUCAGCUGUGAAAUAUUUGUAAUUAUGUGUGUUAACAUGAGUGUGUGUGGGAAAUGCACUCCUGCAGCUUCUUUCAGCGUCAGUGAUUUAUGGUUAAUGUUAGCUUCACUAGCAAGGACCACACCUCAAUAGGAAAUCAUUUUGAUAAUUUAUUGACGUGAAUGUAAAUUUGGUAUAAACAUUGAUGUUGAAUUAUUGUGGGAUGGAUUGUUGAGUGCGGUGUGAGGAAGCUUCGGUGGGAAUCCGCCGUGGCUCCCAGGCACGACAGACCCCCUAGGACCCUACGGAGAGAGGGAGGAAAAGGAAAGAGGUCGAGGGGGGGGGGGUGCAGAAUAACGAGAACGAAAGGGGAAGAGGCGCAGUUGAGGUGCGGUAGAGGUGUGGUCCUGCUCCUGAAAUUCUGCUAUAUAGCUUCACAUUUUGUCAAAGGGGACACACGGGAGACUAAAAUAAUUAAUGAAAGUCAAUGAUGACAAAAAAAAAUUCAAAAAUUCUGUUUGAGGUUACAGUUGGGUGUAAAAUCUCUUAAAGGCUUAAUUUUGAGGUUACGGCAAAGAGCACGCUCAUAAACAACUUUUGUCAAUACAGAUUUUCUAGCUUAUCCAAAACGUGAGGAGACAACUCAGUGUGAGCUGCUGGAAACUUGCAUCAGGCACACAAACACUGUUUGAUGCAGACGCCUAGUUAGGGACCGCCCCCCGGGUGAAAUGCCAAGUUUUUAGGGAGCCUGGAGAAGAUAAACGUUAUCCCUUUUCGAAAGUGCAAGUAUGCAUCUGUUUGAAAAGAUACAUUUUUACGAAUAACAGUUUCCUUUUAUUCUUUAUUUCUUUAUUGUAAUCUCUAUUUGCUACUCUAACUGCUGCUCUCCCUAAAGUGCAACUCAAACUUACAUGUGGUAAAAGGACAUAACCAGCUUGCAUUUUAUUUUAUUAUUAUUUUUUAGGCAGGCUAAUGAUUAAGGGUAUGUUCAUAAGAAAGUAUAAAAAAAAGAGCUUGUUCAUUAAAAAAAUAAAUAAAAAACUUAAGCCCCCAGUGUCCUUAAAUCCUAGAUAUGACCCUGUUGUCCAGUAAUAAUAAUAAUACGUAUCAUCUUUGCAAAUUAGACAUUUUCCAAGUGGUACUUUUAGCUUACUUUUGUUGCUUUAAGUGCACUUUGAUGUUGAUAAUUUUGGCAUUUUGAAUGCAGGACUUUACUUUUUAUUUUGACCUUUGAAACCUGAAGUGACAUCACUUUUCUUGUGCUGCUUUCAGAUGCCUGCCACAAGUAUUUAAAACUUUGAGAAAUUUCUGUUUUCCUUCUUCAAUGUUUACGAUUUGUGUUAAAAACAUGGAAAAAAAGCAAAGAGUAACUUCAAAGUCCACAAAUUGCAAGAAGUACUUUGGUUUGUAAAAUCAUUUAGAAAAAGCUCAAGAAAUCAUUUAGGGAAAAAGAAAAAAAAGCUAGGGGAAAAUGAAUGAUGAUAUCACAUAUUUGUUGUGGAAGUAUUAUUAUUAUUGUUAAUAAACAUAUUUUC